CCAGCUUAUCUCCCUCGCCAAACUGGGACUCUGCACACAAACUGCUGAGCGCAGAGAUUCGAAUCCUCAUUUUUCCAACUCAUUUUCCUUCAUUUUCUCUCAAACCAAACAUGACUCUUCUCUCUUUCUACAUCCUCUCUGUCUUUCUCUUGCUUCCUUCAACAUUCUCUUCACCUGCAGAGCUCGACGUUCUUCUCCAAAUCAAAUCAUCUCUGGACCCAGAAAACCGCUUCUUAACCUCGUGGGUGCCCGGGGCAGACCCAUGUAGCAGCGUGUCGUUUGAUGGCGUGGCGUGCAAUGAGGAGGGUCACGUUGCCAACAUUUCCCUCCAGGGGAUGGGUCUGUCCGGCAGUAUACCGGCAGCUGUGGGUGGACUCAAGAGCUUGACUGGCUUGUACCUACAUUUCAAUUCCUUGAAUGGGGAGAUACCGAGGGAGAUUGCAAGUUUGAGUCAACUCAGCGAUUUGUAUCUCAAUGUCAAUAAUCUCUCGGGAGAAAUACCUUCCCAGAUUGGCAACAUGAGUAACAUUCAAGUUCUGCAGCUAUGUUACAAUAAGUUGAGUGGAAGCUUGCCAACCCAGUUGGGAUCUUUGCAGAAGCUGAGCGUCCUGGCAUUGCAAUAUAAUCAAUUGACUGGGGCGAUUCCUGCGAGUUUGGGAGGUUUGCAGAUGUUGACAAGGUUGGAUUUGAGCUUUAAUAGCCUAUUUGGCCCAGUUCCAGUUAAGCUGGCCGAGGCACCUCUGCUAAAAGUCCUAGACAUUCGCAACAAUUCCCUCUCUGGCAUUGUAUCUCCAGCUCUGGGGAGACUCAAAAAUGGAUUCCAAUAUGAGAACAAUCUGGGGCUAUGUGGAGUUGGGUUUCCAAACUUGAAAGCUUGCGCUGCUUCUGAUCAUUUGGAUCCAAACAGGCCAGAGCCCUUCAAGCCUAACGGUCAUUCUUCCCAGGAUAAGCCAGAGUCUGCAAAUUUCGACCAUAAUUGCAGUGGAAGCAGUUGUUCAAGAUCAUCCAGCAGCACGCCUGUUGGUGUGAUCUUUGGCGUGAUUGGAGCUAUUGUGGCAAUCACUUUCAUUGGACUUUUCACAUUUGCAUGGUACCGUCGUCAAAAAGAGAAAAUUGGAAGUGCUACCGAUGCUUCUGAUGGUCGGCUCAGUACUAACCACUUCAAGGAAGUUUCCAGGAAGGGUGCUUCUCCUCUCAUUAGCUUGGAGUAUUCUAAUGGAUGGGACCCGGUUGGAAAAGGUCGAACAAGAAGUGGACUUUCUCAAGAAGUUCUUGAGAGCUUUAUGUUCAAUCUAGAAGAGGUGGAACGUGCCACUCAGUGUUUCUCAGAGGCGAAUUUAUUGGGGAAAAGUAACUUCUCUGCAAUCUACAAGGGGAUCCUCAGAGAUGGAUCGAUAGUUGCUGUAAAAUGCAUUGCAAAGACGAGCUGCAAGUCAGAUGAAGCUGAGUUUUGAAAGUUGAAGAUGUUGACCUCAUUGAAACAUGAAAAUCUGUGAGGUGAGAGGUCUUGCUGUUCAAAAGGGGGAGAGUGUUUCCUAAUCUAUGAUUUUGUCCCAAAUGGAAAUCUGUUGCAGUACCUUGAUGUAAAGGAAGGCAGUGGAAGGGUUCUUGAAUGGUCCACCAGAAUCUCUAUCAUAAAUGGUAUUGCUAAAGGUAUUUUAUACUUGCAUGGAAGCAAAGGGAGCAAACCUGCAAUAGUCCACCAGAAUAUAUCAGCAAAGAAAGUGCUCAUUGAUCACUGGUAUAAUCCUUCACUUUCUGAUUCAGGCCUGCACAAACUCCUCACAGAUGAUAUUGUUUUCUCAAAACUAAAAGCCAGUGCUGCCAUGGGAUAUCUGGCUCCUGAAUACAUAACCACUGGUCGUUUCACUGAAAAGAGCGAUGUAUACGCAUUUGGUGUGAUCGUAUUCCAAAUCCUCAGUGGAAAAUGUAAGAUCACCCAAUUUAUGCGCCAUGCAGUAGAGUUGGGAAGAGUUGAAGACUUUAUUGACAUGAAUCUUGAGGGGAAGUUUGCAGUAUCCGAGGCUGAUAAACUAGGGAGAAUUGCUCUGCUUUGCAUCCACGAAUCUCCUAAUCAUAGACCAUCCAUGGAAAAUGUGAUUCAAGAACUUGGAUCAAUCGCCACUUCUUGACUUUUUAUUGAGACCUUGCCUCGAUUUUUGAAUGACGAGAGGCUGGCCUAAGGUCUUACUAACUGCUUGCUGAUGCUGGUGUUGGUUGCUGAUGCUAUCUAACUGUAGUGUUCUUCCUUGAUUGAAAGUGUUGUAUGUUUAAAGAUGUAAUGUUGGUUGGAAUUUACCAGUAGAGAACCUCAAGUUAAUGGAGACUGAUAAGAAGGCAGGUGUACUGGAAUCUGAAGCUAUUAUCUGGGUUGCAUUUGGCCUUCUGUUCUUGUUCAUGGAAACUUAUAAAUCAUAAGGCAGUAGUAGAAUUAUAUUCA